AUGGUACUGCUUGCCUUUGUUGAUGGUGAUAAUGACAUGGUAUCUCGCAGGAUCUUGAAAAAGAACCUGUUUACCAUAAGUCUUGUCCUUAAGCUUCAUGAGGAAGCUAUCCGAAAGAAGAAAAAGUUCAAGAUUCCUGUAUUUCCAUCCACAAAAGUCGAUAUCCAGUUGCCGGAAAACAAUACCAUGUCUGCUUAUAUCAACCUGCCUUCAGACCAUGUCCGGUUUCUUGCUGCCAACCCCAAGAAAGCAAGAAACAUAUUUUCCCUCCCUGACCGCACUCCUAACCAGUCCAUUUGUCUACAACAAGGCGAAAAGUGGAGAACACAUUGGUAUGAUCAACAACCUAUACUCACCCACAACGGUGUAGAUUUUUGGUCUGGUGAUAUUGUUAACUUUAUGAAUGGUUCUACUCCAGCCCGUUUCCUAGUAGAAUCAUUUCAUACCAUGGAUAACUCAGCCGUUUUUGUUCAAGACGACAUGGUUUAUAUUCUGGAAGAUGGUCAGUUCAUUGGCAUCAAAGUUGAAUCUACUAGCAUAAAGCUUGAAACUCUUCUUGGUUUUGACUCAACCUCUGUUGAUGUUGCCCUAUGCUAUAGCGUCUCACCUGAGAAAGUCUUUCAUUUGAUUGCCAGCCACAAGUCCUUGCUGGAAGAGCCUCAUUUUUUAAAACAACACGUACUAGACGAAACUGGAAAGCCAAUCGAUCUAAAGUUGUUUUACAAGUCAAUGAAGUUUGCUGCUCUCUUCUACAAAGAGAGGUCUUCAAUUGAAAACAUCCACUUUCUCUCUGCUAUUCCCAAGAAAAAGGUGGCAAGUGGGAUAUCCUUGUUGCCUAAAAUCGUUGAAGAUUUUAAAAGGCUCGAAAACGGACUGGUGAUGUUCUCUGCCAAAGACAACGAAAACGUUUUAGUAGCAUCACCACUCCUUUGGAUCGAGGCAGACACUCCAUGCCAUUCUGAACUAUGUGGUUUGUGCGUGCCAACAAGUCUGUACCCAUGCCACAAAUGUUAUGUUCGUUUACAAAGAUCCAUGCCCAACCUCCAAAGCUCUUUGUAUUAUACUGGUAGACAUACAGCAAGAACAAAGGCACACUAUCUUGCUGCUGCGUCUACAUCAGGAUGUGGAUUGACUAUUCUAGAUGCUCCUUUGACUGGAAAUGCUCUGACAGCAAGCGACCUAUGCUUUGCAAAUAGGGCAACAGAUGCAUUGUUGGAACUACAGUCAUUCGAUUCAUUGACAGAUACUUCAGUUGAAGUUCUGCAUAACAUACUUCUUGGAGUUGCUAAGUAUCUAGUCAAUGAUUUGAUAAAGGUUGUACUAAAGAAAAAUCCUAACCAAAUGGCUAGAUUGUCCAAAGCCCUCAAGGAUUAUGAAAACUCUCAAGGAAUGUCAAGAAAGUUCACUCCAGAGUUACGACAUUGUGGCUCAUUCCUUGGGAGGGAUUACAAAGUUCUUCUGCAAAUUCUACCCGCUAUCUUAGUUACAGAAUUUGCAAAUGAUAGUAUACUGUCUCUAAUAACUCCAUCUUUUGUCCAUCUUGGCCGUCUUUGCUCCUUGGUGUUUGUUAGAGCAGUAAGAUUUGGAACUGCUCUACACUACGAGACCAAAAAAGAUGUAUAUCUCAAGUUUGCCAAGCAAUCUGCAAUGAGACACAGUAUUGAUGGUGGCUCAUGGAUGAGCAAAUACAAAAUGACAGAGAAGUAUGGUAAUUCCACGGCAGAAUUUCUUAAAGAAAACUUUAAUGACAAUGUUAAGAAUAUCCUGUUUGGUGGAUCAAGAGACUUUGCUGAUAAUAACGACACUGAUGACAUUACAGCAAAAGCACUCCGUGACAAUACCUUUGCGGUGUUCAUGCUCAAGGAGAGUAGAGACCAACAUGCCCAUCCAUUUAUUGGAAAGGUCCCCUCUUUGAGAGUAGAACACUAUUGA